AUGGUGUCUUUACUGUAUUCACUUUUGCUGCUGGCAGGCUCGCGAUAUGCGCUUGCCGCCUCGGACAAGCCGCUCAAGCCAUGUACAAUUGUCUCACCCACCACCGAGCGCUUCUUCGACUUGAACCCGAUACGGCGCAUGCCUCUGGAGGAGGGAGGGAAGAAAGCAAAAAGCGACUCGGACGGCAGCUGGCAUGCUCGGGGAUAUGAUUACGGCGCCAAUUUCACACUGAACUUCUGCGGGCCCGUGGUGGAGGAGCUUCACGAUGUGCAAGAUUUGAACAAGGACUUAUGGAAGAACGUGAGCGCCUUUUACGAGGUCGGCAAAAAGAUAUACUCUAUUGGCCUCGAAAACACCGAGCCCAUUUUCCGCGGUCGCAAGCUCAUCGUCAACUACACUGGUGGCUCCCUCUGCCCCUCCAGCUCCUCCAAAUCCAAGCGCGAACCUGUCUCCCUUCCCAAGUACCCUCGCGAGAUCAUCGGCGACGACCCGGAUGAUGAGGACGACGACAAGCCGCCGAAGAAGAAGCCUUCCGACAAAGAUAAGAAUGCGCGCCGCAAAACAUCCGUCAUCUCGCUGCUCUGCGACUCCGACCCGCUUGCAAAGACCAGCGUAUCCUUCGUUGCUGCAGUAGACGAAUGCACAUACUUCUUCGAAGGCCGGUCACCAUUCGCCUGCGGAGGUGUUCACCAGGCGAAACAAGCGCUCGGUCCUGGCGGCGUAUUCAGCGUGAUUAUCAUAAUCGCAAUACUAGUCUACUUCGUCGGUGGCUGCGUAUACCAGCGCACAGUCAUGCACCAGCGCGGCUGGCGACAAUUGCCCAACUACGCCAUGUGGGCGGGCAUAUAUCGAUUCUUGGCCGUAGGUUCACGCCGGAGAUUUUGA